GGCGGCAGCGGCCCAUAUAAGCCAGCAACAAGCGGGGAACAAGCGCAGAACAAGCGCAGUCUAGCGAAGGGCGCCGGACGUAUCUAAUGUUACUGUCUUGGUCCUCAGCAUCAUCAUCAAGGGUCUGGGCGUCCUGCGACUGGUGUAUAAAAGUACCAUGGCAAAUGCAGUUGUCAGCCAGGUUCUGUUUCGCUUAGGAAUCCCGGCUGUUUUGCUUGUUUCGGGUCUUCUUCGGUAUAAUAUUUUCUCCUUCGUGUACCUGCUGUUGUUGCUGGCAAGUCCACUAUUGUACGGCCCAGCUUCUACAAGAUCUCGGCAGGCCUUCUACUAUAUGAAACUGGUGGUUGCGGUCAGCUCAUUCUUCUGCGUCUGUCAAGUGGUCUACCAAGCUGUGCUAUUGUCUACAAAGACCUAUGGAAGGCCUGCAUUGGGAAGAAACACGUGUCAUAUGCCGGAGCGAUUAGUAUCGCUGAUCGGUCUCAACCGACUCGAUGACCUCCACGUGCUCGAGGUUUUGCGACUCCUGGCGCUCGACUUUGCGGUGCUCUUCACCAGCGCAGCCACCCUGCUGGUAUCCAACAGGCCAGUGGUGGAUGAGACGACUCGUCCCAUUCCUCAACGUCGAUGGCGAGUUCCUUCCGCCGUCAUGGGCGACUUCUUGGUUCUACUUCUGAUGGCCGGGGCGGGCGUGCUCCAAGCGUCGCUCUCGUCGCUCGUCUACUUCGCGGUCUUCCUGGGGACUGCCACGCGCCUCGGCAUGCACCUGCCCCUGGCGAAAGGCUACCGACUGCUGCGUACCUGCUUGAUGCUCUACAGCGCUGCCCACAUUCUUGUGCUCUACGCUUACCAGUUGGAUUACCUACAGGGACUCGUUCCUCCUUCGAGCCUCGAAGCCAGGUUAAUCGGAUUGAGCCCUCUGCGCGUGGCUCCUUGCACCGGAGACGAUUCUGCGCUUUCGGACUUCCGGCUCCUGGUGUUCAGGCGGCUUCACUGGACCCUCUACCUGAGCCCGCUGGCCGUGCUGGGCUUCUACUUUGUCGUAGCUACGGUGACGCGCUAUCAGCUGCUACAGAAAACGGGUCUUCAAUUUCCGUCUUUAGGAUCAGUGACAUCCAUGUUGCCCCACUGCACCAGGACUGACAGCAGGCGAGCCAUGCGCAGGCUCUCCACCCUUCCGGACCGCCGACGCCUCCUCGACAACAAUUUUCCGCAGGGUGGUCAUGGGAGUCGGGCUCUCACGAGCGGGCCGCCGAACAGCGCCGAAGGUUCGGGCCCUUCCGAAGUGGAAGUGACUGGCAGCAGCACGCGGCCGAUGGCCGCCCCGAACACCAACGCCGCCACGUUGCCGGCUGGCGGUGCCCGCCACCUUACCUUCGUACUUAUUCUGCAGGCAAGGUCUCGGGUAUAG